AAAUCAGCUGUCACCGACUGCUCGUGGGACAGAGGUGUGUACACAGCACUGGAGCUGGUCUCCAACACGCGCUGGGAUUUUCUCUUUGCCUGGAACGGACCCUGCGGGGAGGCGGGUCCAGCGGCCUGCGUGUGGGAUUCUACCUGCUGAGUUCAUAUUUUUAUAAGUCACUCCACACCUGCUGCUGGCAGCUUGAGUUUGACCAGGGCAGGACUUCCUGAAAGAGAUUUAAGCCAGAGGAGCCGGAUUCACUCUGUGGACUCAGAGGUCGACCCACUGACCAACAGUGAGGCCGCGUACCAGGCAGCUGUUUCCAAGCGAGCCGACAACACCAUCCCCAGCGGGGUCAUGGAGGAGUUGGAGGUCUGUUCCCUGCCUGGGGGAAUUGCCAGUGUGAGAAAACAAUUUGAGACCCAGGAAACUGCAACAACAUCCCAGAACGUAACCCAGUUCCAUUUUACGCACAGAUCUGUGCAGGAAGUGUCGAGUGCGGAGGUGACAAUGUCGAGCACGAGCGGCAGCAGCAGCAGGCAGGUCCUCCCAGGCAGCCAGCAGCUACAAAUCAACCAAGGAACAACGGUGUCACACGGUGGCAGAGACGCGGCCUGCAGCUUAGAAAACCAUCUAAGUGACACAGAAGAGGAAUUUCCCAGAUACACAACAAAAGAACUGAGGGAUCAUUUUGAAAGAACAAUCGAGGAGGCUGCUCCACACAAACCCGUUUUGAUCGGACGUGACAUCAAUCGAUCUAAGUGGUCCUCAAAUGUGACACGAAACAACACAGUGUCUACCGAGGUGCAUGAGGCCAGAGCAGAGGAGACAGCAGCUGCGGUGACAGAUCAUGAGGCCUUCCCACCUCCACCAUCCGAGGACGCCGACGAUCUUCCGCCUCCACCCCCAGACUUACUACAAAUGUCACCGGACAGCCAACAUACGCCAGCGUGCCAUUACUCACCUGAGCCUCCAGAACCGGCCCCACCCUCCAACUACCCACCGAACAAAGAGGCUUACUUCAAACAGAGGAGCAUGUACGAGCUGAAACGCCUUUACAAGCACAUUCAUCCUGAGGUGCGUAAGAAUAUUGAGAGAGAGUAUUAUAGCGACUACAGCGAAACUGAGAACAACCAGUUAGAGAGCAAAGAGUGUGAAGAUGGUGGUUAUAGUCCCACUGAGCUCAAUGAAGAAGAAUAUGGAGAAUGGGAGGAGAUCCUACCCGGCGAGGUGCAGGCCAUGCGUUGGAUGUUUGAGAAUAAACCCCUGGACGCCAUCAAAGAUGAAACCCCCGAUGAGGAUGAAGACAACAGGAAGAUAACUGAGCAGGAAAUGAUCCUGGGAAAAGACGUGAGACGCACAGCUUGGAUGUUUGAGACAAAGCCAAUGGAUGAGCUGGGUUCCCAAAGCCUUAACUCAGCAGAAUUUAAAAACAAAUUCAACAAGUUUGACAAAGGAGACGUCCGUGCUGCGGCGUGGCUGUUUGAAACCCAAACCAUGGACACGCUAAAUAAAAUGCGUAAGGAGGAGGAUUUAACCAAAGAGAUUGUUUUCACAGAGGAAGAUGAAAAUUCUACCAUUUAUUUGAUUGACAAUAAGUACAUGGGCAGCCUCGGGCACACUGAGACCAUUGACGAGAGCCACCUGCUGAGUCUGAGGUCGGUGUUAGAGGAAAUUAAUGGCGACGUGAAAACGGUAACAAGCACUUUUGACACUCAGUUUAAAUGCAUUAUUAUGGGACAGGCAAGCCAGAUGCUGGAGGUGAAGUCUGUGCGCAAAAUUGAAACUGAAUUAGAGAACUCCAUAGCUUCACGCUGGCUUUUUGAUACCCAAGCCCUAGACAUGACAAACAGCGAGCCCACGUCUCUGAAACUUGUGUGUAGUCUUUCCAUGGAGGACAGCAACAAGGGAGACUGGGGCAGGUGGCUGUUUGAGAUAAAGACAUUAAAUUGUCUGGAUGAGUUGGAAAGCUCUCAGAUGGAGAAGCAAGGGAUUAUCGGAGCUGAUGUUCGCAAGCACUGCUUAGUGUUUGAAACUCAGCCAAUGGAUUCUUUGAAGGACGACGCCAAUGCCAGACCUCACUCUAUUGAAGACAUUAUUGGGGGCAAUGUUAGAUCAGCAAGGUACUUUUUUGAAAGCAGCCCACAGGCGGCCAGGAGAAAUUGCCCUGAUGUUGGAAAACUUAAAAAAGCAGCAAUCAAUGAGGAAAUUAAAGGGGAUGUGAGGCACCAAAAGUGGCGCUUUGAGAGUCAACCUCUGGAGCAAAUAAGAGAGGAGAAGAAAGAAGUUACACGAACUGUGAAUAUCGAGGAUGACCUCAGACAGGAGGACGGCACAAGCUGCAGGGCAGAUGUGCGCAGGAACUGCUGGGUAUUUGAAACAAAGCCAAUGGAUACUUUGAAAGAUGAUUCAAAUACUCAACCUCUGACAAGAGAGGAAAUUAUUGCAGGUAAUGUGCGAUCAGCGAGACAUUAUUUUGAAACGUUUCCAAGCGAGGAGACGAAGGAGCUCGCAGAGGUCGGCAAACUGAAAAAAGCGAUAGCAGUUGAUGAGGAAAGGGGUGACGUUCGGCAUCAAAAACUAAAAUUCGAAAGCCAACCCCUGGAAGAGAUUAGAGAGGAGAAAAAGGAAGUCAUUCGAACCAUCGACCUGGAGGAAAUUGAUAAAGUGGACGUCUCAAACUACAAGCAAAUCUUUGAGAGCAUAGACACAGACAGGAGGGAUGAAUCUCAAAAGAUCCUGGUGGAAGGUGUAACCUGCGGCUCCGUAAGAUCCAAUAAGAACUUAUUUGAGUCUAUACCAACGUACGCCAUGCAAGACAGCUCUGGCCACUUUCACGAGGUGAGAACGGUGCGUCGCGAGGAGAUCGUGAAAGGCGACGUAACAACGUACAAGUGGAUGUUUGAAACACGGCCGAUCGACCAGUUUGACGAAACAGUGAAUAAAUACCAGAUUAUCAAGGGAAUAUCCAAACAGGAAAUAGAGUCCGGUGAUGUCAAAACUGCAAAGUGGUUGUUUGAAACACAACCACUUGAUGCUAUUAAAUAUUUCAGUAAUAUAGAAGAUGAAGAAGUUGUGGGAGGUCAAUCUCUUGAUGUCAUGAAGGGUGAUGUUAAAAUGUGUAAGUGGCUAUUUGAGACAAAACCAAUGGAUGUCCUAUAUGAAAGAGCUGAGCUGCAGACUGAAAACAAAUCUGAGGAAAUGCGUAAGGGAGACGUCAAAACCUGCACUUGGCUGUUUGAGACGCAGGCACUUGAUACGAUUCACGAUGAGACGGAAACCAUCCUCAAAACAUGCACAGUGGAUGAAGAGGACAUCAGAGGGAAGGAUGUCCGAAUGGCUUGUUUCCUUUUUGAGACAGAGAAACUGGAGAACCUCACCGGGGAGGAGACGGACUCCUUCAAACGUGUCACUGAGAUCGACAUCGCGUCUGGAGACGUGUCGAGGAUGAAGUACAUUUUUGAAAACCAAACGUCCGAUAUCGUGUCGUCUACGGCUGACGAAGUGAUGCAGACGCUCAAGAGAGCUCAGACGGAGGACAUACUGAAAGGAAAUGUGGUGAGCUGUAAGUGCCUCUUUGAAAACCAAUCCGUGGACGCGAUACGUGAUGGACAGGAGGAAACUAUGAGCAGCCGCACGGUCAGCGAUGUACAAGGAGGAGACGUCGAUAAGGGCCGGUUUAUUUUUGAGACCUACGCCCUGGAUAAAAUCCAUGACGUGUCAUCGGAGACAGAUGCAGAGCUGAUGAAAACACAAAAAAUUGCCCGUAAUGAUGAUGAGAGGGGUGAUGUGAGAAAUUACACCAUGAUGUUCGAAACCCAGCCUCUUUAUGCCAUUCAGGACAAGGAGGGCCAUUACCACGAGGUCACGACUGUCACGAGUGAGGAGGUAACACGAGGAGACGUAGUGGGAACCCGGUGGUUGUUUGAAACCAAGCCCCUUGAUGCUAUCAAGGACACAGAUGAAGUUUAUAUAAUCAAAUCUGUCACCCAACAGGACGAGCAGAAAGGAGACGUCACAUCUGCCAAAUGGAAAUUUGAGACACAGCCGCUUGACAGAAUCACUGAAGAAAAGAAGGUGUUAGUGAAAACUGUGGAGGAUAUUCAAGGUGGCAAUGUUAGAAUGAAUAUGCAUCGGUUUGAGUGCGAUGCCCUGCCACAGCAGUCGGUUCGAACGGUUAACGUGAGCGAAAUACAAAAAGGGGACGUGAGGACGGCAAAAUGGAGAUUUGAAAGCCAAUCUAUUGAUAAAAUAAGAAGCAUGAGCUCCGAGAAUCUGAUUGAAACGGUUAAGAAGGAGGAGGUCGCAAAGGGAGAUGUUAAACAUUCAGUGUGGCUCUUUGAGAAAAAUCCUCUUGACCACAUUAAAGAGGCAGAUGAGGACGCAGAGACAAGCGCCAUUCAAGAGGAGAUUCCCAAAGCAGACGUAAAAACCACAACGUGGCUAUUUGAAACGACACCAUUUGACGACUUUAAUGAGACGAGAAUGGAGAAGACAGAAAUCCUGGGAAAGAGCGUCAAGGGAACGCUUGAGGAGCUUUAUAGUCAGAAAAUGGUGAAGUCGAAGGGAAUACUCAUUGAAGCUGACGAGAUUGGUGACGUGAGGAUGGCAAAAUACCAGCUAAUGAACACGCAGACGCCGGAGAUUCAGCGAGAGGAAGUUAUCAGGGGAGAUCUGCAGACUAUUAUGAUGAACCUACUAAACAGACAGGAAGAACGCACGAGGCAGGUAGUUAUAGACUCAAACGAGAAGGGUAAUAUCAGCACAACGGUGCAGCAACUGUUCAGCCAAGAGAGAGACAGCAGCGUUGAGAAAGAGGAAAUACUACGAGGUGACAUUCGGGAAGCCGUCAACAAUCUAUUUAAGGAUGGGGGUGAAUGUGCAAAACAUGGGAUCCUGAUCCAGGAGGAUGAAAAAGGAGAUGUUCAGAUGACAAUAUAUUCGCUGCUCAAUAAAGAAGAUAAUGUUAACGUUGAGAAAGAAGAUAUUGUAAGAGGGGACAUAAGGAGUGCUCUUCAACGACUGUCCAGCACCGACAGGUCAGAUGAGGCAGUCAAGAUAAAGGUAGAUGACACCGAAAAGGGUAAUGUCAACUUUUACUCUACGUGUAUUGAGUCUGGGGCCUUGGACUAUCUUAAACAGCUCCAUGUAGGUUCUGAUGAGACUUCAUGUGAAACAGCAGAAAAGGAAAAGGUCAUCGGAGGUGACAUCAAGGGAACGAAACUCAUCCUCAGCCAGAAUCAAACACACGUUGAGCGAACGGUGGAAGACGUGAUACCAGGUGAUGUCCACAACACGGUGAAGGUUUUCAUGACAGAGCCAAGUGCCCCAGCAGACAGACUGCAAAAGGAGGAAAUAGUCAAGGGUGAUUUGAGAGGUGCUUUGAAUUCGUUGGCUGAAUCGGUGAAUCAAACGGUCGUUGUGGAGAGAGAGGAGGUGGUGAAAGGCAACAUACCGAAAGCUCUGCGGUGCCUGGAGAGGGCUCAGAAGCGCUGCAAGGAGUUGGAGAAGCCAGAUAUCAUACCGGGUAAUAUCAAAGGGGCGCUGAGAUCUCUUGAGAGAUCAGCAACAUCCAAAGUUGAAGCUGCGGUUGAAGAUUUAGUUGCUGGAGAUGUAAAGGCCACGCUGAAAUCUCUGGAGCUGGCAAAGCAAGCAGUGAGAGAGGUGGAGAAGGCGGAAAUCGUGAGGGGUGAUAUUCACACAGCGAUGCAGAGCCUGCAAGAUGCUUCGAGUGAAAGGAAAAGGUGUCAGCAAGAAAUAGAUGUUCAGGGAGACGUCAAAGGAACAAUUCAGCUCUUCAGCGAACCUCCACCUUCACCGAGGACACAAAGGAGCCAAAGCCUCGAGGGUGAUGUAAAAGGGGAUGUCAAGAUGUCAAUUAAGUCUUUAUAUGAGACACAUGAGCAAACCCAGCUGGAAAGAGAGGAAGUGAUAAAGGGUGACGUUAAAGGCACCAUUAAAUCACUGCUGGAAACAGCACAACGUGAAGCUCCCAAAGUCAAGGCCGGAGCGUACAGAAGAGUGAGAGUCAAGCAGAGCCCCCCGGUUAAAAACCUAAACGCAGACGCACACAGGAACAUACAGAAGAUUAAAACAGCUACUGUAACGGCUACAGCAAAUGAAAACGAAGCCCUGGCUAACAAAAGUCAAACUAGUCAAAAGAAGACGAGCGCUGUGGCACCGUCAGCUCAGCAGUCGACAGCUGUGGUGGAGCAUAAAACUAUUACUCAAAACCACGGCAUCAGAACAGUCAAGACAGAGUUUCGGAAUCUGAAGUCAAACUCCAAGGGAAUGAUAAAGCGAAACAAAACCAAAGUGAAAACCGAUGUUUACAUUUUACAAUCAGGACUUCCAGAACCUGAUCUCCCUCUCCCACCUCCACCUCCUCCAGUAGUAGAAGCUGACCUCCCUCCUCCUCCUCCCACGCCUCCACCUCCUGUUGUUGAUGCUGACAUCGAUCACCUUCCUCCUCCACCACCACCGCUCGCCAGUGAGCAGGACUUCCUUCCGCCGCCUCCAUCACAGCAAGAACUGGAGAGCAUGCCAGCACCGGCAGUUCAUCUCUCACCGGGAAAAGCAAAGAAGAUGACAGUCAAAAAAGUAAAAGCGCCGCAUUUACACCCCGUUCCAAAGUUGGAGCCCAAAGUCGACUUCACCAAAACACAAGAGGUGGACGUGAAGUCACAAGAAGUCACAUCGAAAAUAACAGCACAUACAUCGAAAACGGUUUCUUGUGAAAUUCCUCCACCACCCGAGUCACCUCGGCCAAUAAAGAGAGUUUCUAUCUCUCCUGUAAAGUUUACCCCUCCACCCUCUCCUCCUCCUGCCACCAGAGGUAAAAUGACAAAAUUUAACACACCACUAAUAAAAGCAGAAGAAAAGUACAGGAAGCUGAGGGAGGAGAACACGCCCCCAACCACUCCGACCCCCAGUUUCAUACAUGACUCAGUAACCGCUGCUCUUGAAAUGCUUUCCAACAAAGACACCGAGCGGUUAAACAAUGAUGUAUCAGACGUGAGUCAGCAGGCAACUGUAGAGACCGUUCAUUCAGUCUCUGCCCCAUACGAACCAUCCAAGCAUGUCGUUGUUUCAGACAUCACUGAAAGCAACGUCAGCAACACUCACCAGAAAACACUCACAGAACCAACAAUUACAUCCAGAUCUAAACAGCAGAUAGUCUCUAAUGAGACUUCUACGGUCAUCUCUGUUCAGAAGACUUCAUCUGUCUCUAGUGUUAGACAACAGAUGCAGGCAACAACGCAGAAAGCUGUUUCCACUAAACAGUCUGCUCAGUGUGUCGUAACUGAAGUCCAGGCCUCAACCGCAAACAUUACAAAUACAGAAAGCACGACUGUUGAUAGAAGCAAAAAUCAGAAAGCAAAAACCUUGAACAAAUCUGAUUACAUAAAAGAAAGUGAGGUGGGUUCUGUCAAAGUGAUACAAUCUGAAAUUACUGCUGAGGCAACUGUAAAAUCAAGUGAAUCAGGGAAGAGUAAGGCCAAGGAUAACUCCGCUGCAAAAUUAUCCAAUAAUGUCGACAUUCAGCUGUCCAAAAAGGAAAAUAUCACCUCAGGCAAAAAUGAAAAGGAAGCCAAGUCACCACAGCGCGAUAGCAAAAAGAAAACUGAUCAUUCUCCUACAAAGAGCCAAGAAAAGGCAGUUGCCCCUACAAAUGGAAAAAGUAGCAAACAGACUCAAAAGGUGAAGAAGAACAACAAGCAAGAGAAGCAAGCAGAAAUAAAAAUGUCCAGUGAAAGUGUUACAGAGAAUUUGAAGGUGGAAGUGAAGGAAACGGCUCAGAUGAAUGUGAUGAGUGAAUCUAAAGAAGUAAAGAAAGAUUUAAAGCAGGAGAUUGAGAAAGUUACUCCUUCGCUUGCUGAUGCUUCAGGAUCAGUUAGUGUGAGUUUAACCGACAGCCCAUCAGAAACGCCAGCAAAGAAGAAAAAGAAGUCUAAAAAGUCUAAAGCCCAGUCAAACCAAGGUAAAGACAGUUUGACAGAAUCAAAAACAGAGGCUAUGGAAUCAAAGACCGAAAUAUGUGAAAAACCUCAGCAAGUUCAGCAAACAAUCGCAGUUUCCCAAAUUCAGACGAGUGUAAAGGAAACUCACGUUCAAGUCACGACCGGAGCCGUUCUCACAGAAAGCAAAGACAGUCAAAAUGCUCAGCAACCAAAAGCAGCUCAAAAGCAAGUGAAGAAGAAAGGAGUGACAUCUACUCAACAGAGCACAGAACAAGCACCAAGAGAAAGGACGGAUGUUCCAAUUACAGUGAUCGGUGAGUUAGAACAAAGUGAACGAGUAAAGUCAGCAAUAGAAAGAACAGAAAAAUCUGAAAGUCGAGAAGAGUCAGUUUGUCACGUUACAAAGAUACAGACAGUUUCAGGAGAGACGCUCAGUACAAUUCCAGACUGGGUCAAAAAAUGGGACCUCGAGGGACCUGUGGUGGAAAGUGGUGCCAACCUAAUCCAUCUAGAAGCUGAUGCAAUGGAGAAGCAUGAAUGUGAACCAGUCUCUGAAAAAGGAGGGGCAACGGCUAGAAUAUCAAAGAUCAGCAUUGGUUCUGCCAAAAUCGAGAACCAGAGAACGGCCUCUCAGGAAAGAAGAAUGGAGGAAGUGAGUGUGUGCAGGACUCUGGACCUUCGGGCUCCUUCGCCAUUGCUCAGGAUGCGCACUCCCUCCCCGACGUUUAUCACCAUUGAGUCCACGCGAAGAACUGACUCUCCUCAGAGGGUUGCUCUGUCCCCUACCCUCCUGCACAGGCCACCCACGCCCCCCACACCACCUCCUCGCAGGUGCGACACGCCGACGCCCCGCCUCACCAGAAUCACACCGUCCCCAACGUUUGACAGAGCCGAAAACCUGGCUCGACUCAAAGACACAACAGCCAAACUCUCGCGUGGCGUCACCCCACCGCCGAUCCUUUCCCCUCAGCAGAUCUCGGAGAAGAAAUCCGAAAUUGUAGAGUCGCCGGCAUCGUUCCAUCGGCAAAUAAAAAUCGAUUCCGGCGUCGAAUACACUUUAGCGACAUUGCUUGGAACGGAAAAGCCUGACAGGAGUUCAUUUGAGGAGAAUGAGCAGACUGAGCUUGUAGGAAAAGAGCUAGCUAACACGUUACAGGGUGUCAAUGCUAAUGAAAGCCAAAGCAAGCUUGGGAACCACUCACCUCUGUGUCAAUACGACCCAGAUGUUGAUAAUGCUUCAGAUAUUUCAGAGUCAUCCUCUGCAACUGUCAAAGAGAUGAGAGAGUUUUUUGAAGAGGCUCAAAAGGCUGAAAUGAACAAGACCUAUGUGCGGAAGAAGCCUAUUGCUAUUCCUGAGCGACUGGGCCCAGACAUGGAGGAGUAUGAGGCAGAAACGAAGAAGAAAGAAUCGGAUGAGCUUCCCAGGGCGAACAUGUCUAGUCUUGUAAACAAAUUUGAAUCAUCAGAAGAGAAAACACAUAACAGAAAAGAGCCGAUCCCGCUCGCACAGCAGCUUCACAGUGACGCUGAAUGCACAGAUUGUGACAAACAGAAAGUAGACGUCCUGGAACAGGAAACGCCGGGGUUUGACAUCCAGGCUAUUAAAAAUGUUUUUGAACUGGGUGAGCAAAGUUUCUCAUCCAGGGAGGAGAAACGCGAUCAGGAGGAGCCUGUGUCAAGCCUGAGCGAAACAACAGCAGACACUUCAAAGUGCAAAAGUCCUCCCGAGACGAAAGGAAGCUCACGGCAAAGCACCCCCCUUCCUCCGCAGAAACAUGAAGUGGAAACUGUGCCAGCAGAGCCAACAGGCUUCUCUGAAACCAAAUCAAUCACGGAGCACUUCUCAAAUGUUGAUCAGUUCGGUAAUGAGGUCAGGGGAACAAGGACAGCUGUCACGGAGCGUUCUGAAAGUGUGUCAACACAACAGGCCCCUUUCUCCUACGCGGACGCGGUGAAGAGGAAAACGGCGGCAGCGAGACGAACUGAAACCCAGGACGAAGACGCUACCGAGAAGCUGCUGAGAAAUUUCCAACAAACGUGGGCGGAGAACGAGGCCGCUUUCAAAAGCCUCGGUGUUAUGUUUUCUGAAGAGUCAACUCAAGUCGUGUCACAUGAGUCGAAGACCGUCUUAACCGGUUCGAGUUCCGAAGUCAGAGCUGUGCACAGCGUGUCGGAGAAGAGCUUAUCCGAUGGAUGCUCUGAUAGUGGACAAAAAAAAGUACCAUAAAUCCUGUUUCUGCUGUGAGCAGUGCAGGAACAAGUUAAGCCUAGGAAACUACGUCUCACUCCACGGACACUUCUACUGUCUACACCAUUACAAACAACUCCUCAAGUCUAAAGGGAACUGCGAUAACGGAUUUGGGCAGAAACCUCCCGCAGGCAGCGGUGUACCCAUCCCCUCCGAUGAGAAACCUGAAUGGAGAUAUUCCAUGAAUACCAUAUGUUCAGAGGACAAAACACACAGCGGCGGAAACAAGAUGACAAAAUCAUUUGAUGAAAGCCAGCCGCACUGCAACAAGAUAUCUGUAGUUUGGCCCCCGCAGGUUGAUCCCCCAAAGAAAAGCUUUACAAUAGAAGAAGACAUCCCGCUAACUAAACCGCAGUGGCCCCCUCCAGACAACUCCCCAAAGUCGCCUAAGCAGCAGCACAGAAAGGCUGUUCCUAGAAGUGUCCUUUGAAAUGAAAUCGGCCCAGUACACCGCUGAGUAAAAUAAAGACAAAGACGAAGCACAGAACAAUGAACGGUACAAUGAAAUACAAACAAGGAGUUGCGCUGUAGGUGAGAUGAAGGAAGUGUUUGCUUGAAGGUGUGGAGGUUUGGUUAUUUAAGAGGGAAUGUAGCAGGUGAACGCAAGCUGUAUAUACUAAAAUAUGUUGACAGGCUGGUUAGGAUAGUAAGUAGAGAUGAAGAGAAUGAGUAUGGAGUGAGGAUGUAGACAAAAGUGGGUGAUGAUGAACAGACCGUUUUCAAUUCAUUUUAUGUAUUUAUUUCCAUUUUAAUAUUUGACAUAAAUAGUCAUUUGAUAAAGAAACUGUUUUGAACUAAAACCAAACUCUGACUUCACAUAAACCUUUAUAGUGGGUUUAAUCAGUCCCAUUGCUCUUAAACAUAGAACAUAUUUUCCUCUCAUUUUUUUUCACCCUUCUGUUUGGUGCUCAUAAUAAUUGGUUUAUUAUGCUAUCGACUCUGUUUUAUUUCUGCUAAUGCAUGCUAGUUCAUGGACACACUUUCCUUCUGUGGAUUCUGCUGUUGUAUUGUUUUAUGGAGGCGUUAGUCUUUCAUUUGCCCUUUUAGCACCUGGUGUGCGUCCUGCAAAAACGCAUUAUGGAAUCAUAUUAUUUAUAAUUUUGAAAGUAUAUAAUAUAAACAAGUGAAUUGGUGAUAAUGAUGUUUGUUUUGGACAUUUGUAUUCUAUUUUGAACAUAAUUAAAUUUUUUUAGGUUAGACAGUUCUAAUUUGAUUUGUAAAAGAAGAAUCCUGAUUCUUUCAUGCUGUCAGGCUGGUUCUCUUACUUUAUUGCUGAUCUAGGAGCAAUAAAAUGUUGAAUUUCA